AACUGAAGAUAAAAGAAAAGAGAAAAUGAGCAAUGGUGGACAAUGUCAAUGCGAGUUGGGAAGGGUACUUUAGUCUUCUGGGUUUUUCUAAAUGGCCUCAUCUGGAAGUUGCUCUCUUUGUGGUGAUCUUGAUAUUCUACUUGAUGACACUGACAGGCAAUCUCUUCAUCAUCAUCCUGUCAUACCUAGAUUCCCACCUGCAUACCCCUAUGUACUUCUUCCUCUCAAACCUCUCUGCUCUGGAUCUCUGCUACACCACUAGCUCCAUCCCUCAGCUGCUGUUCAACCUCUGGGGUCCAGAGAAGACGAUAUCCUAUGCUGGGUGUAUGCUACAACUAUAUUUUGUCCUCGCACUGGGUACCACAGAGUGUGUUCUGUUGGUGGUGAUGUCCUAUGACCGCUAUGCAGCUGUGUGCAAACCUUUACAUUACUCUGUCCUCAUGAAUCCUCGUUUCUGCUACCUGCUGGCUGCAGCAUCCUGGGUAAGUGGCUUUACCACCUCAGCACUUCAUUCCUCCUUUACCUUCUGGGUACCCCUGUGUGGACAUCGCCAAGUGGACCACUUCUUCUGUGAAGUCCCAGCACUGUUGCGGUUAUCCUGUGUUGAUAUCCGUGCAAAUGAGCUGACCCUCAUGGUCAUGAGUGCCAUUUUUGUUGUGAUACCACUUAUUCUCAUUUUGAGCUCCUAUGGUGCCAUCGCAUGCACUGUCCUAAGAAUGCAGUCAACCACUCGACUUCAGAAAGUUUUGGGGACCUGUGGAGCCCAUCUUACUGUUGUGUGUCUCUUUUUCAUUCCAAUCAUGUGCAUUUACCUUCAGCCUCCAACAGAAAAUUCCCAAGAUCAAGCCAAGUUCAUUGCCCUCUUCUACACCGUUGUCACCCCUAGCCUGAACCCUCUCAUCUAUACCCUAAGAAACAAGGAUGUCAGAGGAGCAGCAAGGAGGCUGACGGGUGUGAGAGGGAGCGAUGAGAGACCUCCACUGUGCAGUCUUUGAUAAGAAUGUCUGAUCCUUCAUCAAGCACACUCUGUGGUCUUUUACAAUUCUUCCGGUCACCACAUCAUAAAACAUAAAAUGUAGAUAUUAAAUUAUUUGAGUAAGAACACAUUGUUUUCAAAAUAUGAAAUUAUGUCAGGAACUUAGCCAGUGAAUCUUAUUCCUUUCCAAUUUGAACAAUACAGUCAAAAAUCUGUAAUUUAGAUGGAUGUAACCUAGCUCUCUUACGGAUGAAAUUGCAAGAUAAGAUAAAAGAGGAAAUCCCUGUAUAAAAUUUGGUUUGUCAUGGGGCACACACUAUGAAAUUAGGAUCACUUCUAAAAUCAUUCCAGGAAAUGUGGCAACAAAUCUGGAAUAUAAAUGUCUAUUGCUAAGUUGAGUGCAAAAUAAUGUUAGUAAUUAAA